AUGAAAUUUACAUUCUUAAAACACAAUUUAUAGAGUUUGUUAAAUCAUUCUGAAUAAUUGGAUUCACCAACAUCAAUAAUAAAGAAGUUUGGUCCAUUCCUUAUGACAAGUUUAUUCAAUUAAAAAUUGGAAGAAAGCAAUUAAGUGAUUAAAUACAUGGAACAACAUAUUGAUUAGGGAUAAUUUAUUAGAAAUCUUACUUAUGAGCCUGGAUUUAAAAAUUGGAGAAUCAAUUUAAAAAAAUCAUUAGAAUCAUUAGCAUGUUCUUUGAUAGUUGGAAAUCCGCAUCUUAUUAAUAAAAAUUAUAUUGAAUGUUUAUAAGAAAAUACAAUACCAAUAUUUGAUGUAAUUCCCCUUGCAUACACUUUGGUAAUACAAUAGAUAAAAUAAUGGCCUUUGAUUGAAGAAUAGGAAGUGAUCUCAAGAUUAAAUUAUCAUUUGCAAGUUUAAAAAUCUGAAUUUUAGAAAAUUGGACCUUAAAUUUUUUAAAUGAAACUAUUUCUAUCUGAUAUAGCAGUCUAUUAUCCUGAAGUGACAAAUUUCUUACAAACUAAAGUGUUCAACUCUGAUUUAUCAUUAGAUUUUUUUGCUUCAGAUUUGAGAAUGUAAUAUUAAGACUUUUUUUUUGAGAAUGGAAAUUUAAUUGAUCUGAAAAUCGGAGAUUAAGCCUAUCUAUUUCUCUAAUCUGAUGAUUUUUAAAUUCAGACAAUGAGAAAAUUUCUUUUAAAAUAUGUCAGGAUUAAAAGAAUAUCUGAAUUAUACCCUAAUCUUCAUGUGAUUUGGAUACACAAUGAUAUGAAGAAAGAGUAAUUAUAUAAAUUAUUUGAAGUUUGAG